CGUACAUUGCACCUAUGUUUACGUGGUGCCGUGGAAAGAAAAGCUGUGAGUUGUUGUUGGCGUUUUUCGUGAAAUUAAACCUAUCAUCAUGAAAAUUCCAGCGAUUCUAGACUCGUCCGUACAGAUGCGCCUUUAUACCCUAAGCAAGAGGCAGUUUGUCUUAGUCUUCAUAUGUUUCUUCAUGGCUUUCGGCAUCUCAUUAUUAAUUGGCAUUGCAGGUCCUAAUAUACAAGCCUAUGAACUACAGAAAGAGGUUGAAAAUUUACCGAAUGGUCCUUUUGAGUUGACGUCACCUAUCCUGAACAAGUUCAAUAAAUCUUUAUGGCUUACAACAGCAAUAGAAGUUGACGAUACGUCAGCGGAAACUUUUCAGAAACCAUUCAAUGUAAGCAUCAUGCUCCGAGGCGUAGCCCAGGACAGCAGCCAAGAAAAACUCAAUAGUGCCCCUUACAACAGAACAAGAAAACUCAGCUGUGAAAAGGGCUAUUGCACCGAGCUGCUGCUGCUCCAUUUAACAACCUUGAAAUACUCCACUUACAUCGUCACUGUGACUUUCCAGGGAUUAGAAAAGCUCCAUGUUACUGCAAUCAAUUUCUAUUUUCGAACGUAUAAUCCUGCCUUCUCCAAUAUGAUGAUCUGGUUCAGAUUUGUUUUUCUUGUUAUCACCUUUAUAAUAACAUGUAUGUUUGCUCAUUCACUGAGAAAGUUUUCCAUGAGAGACUGGUCGAUAGAACAAAAGUGGCUGUCAGUUUUAUUACCUCUCCUACUCCUGUAUAAUGAUCCCAUCUACCCUCUGACGUUACUGGUGAACAGCUGGAUACCUAUUCUACUUGAUGACAUUUUCCAAGCAACUUUCUUAUGUGCACUUCUCUUAUUUUGGCUGUGUGCUUAUCACGGAAUCAGACAGAGUGAUAGAAAAUGGGUCAAGUUUUACUUGAUCAAGCUAUUAAUAGUUGGUGUGCUAUGGGUUUCAACAUUGGUCCUAACGUCAUGGCAGUUAUACUGCAGUCUCUACGACCCAACCUUCAACUACAAAGUCGAUUCAGGGGACUUCAUCGGUAUGGUGAUAUUCUUCCUAGUUGUUGGAGGGUUUUAUGUUCUCUAUCUGCUCUUCCUGGUUAUUAGAGCCUUCACAGAACUACGCUCGCUUCCAUACAUGAAUCUGAGGUUAAAGGUCAUGACGAUGCUUAUGCUAGUGGUAGUUGUAUCAACGAUAACAAUCACCAUCAUGCGAUAUGGAGUCAACAUUCUAAAUGAAAACUUUGUGACGGAGCUCUCGACGUACUACAAAAACUGUGCUGAGUUCCUGGCCUUCUACAGCCUUCUGAACUGCUAUCUCUUCACCAUGGCAUUUGUGUAUUCACCCUCAAAGAAUGCUCAUAAAGACACAUACUUCAAGGAUAAUCCAACAUUCUCCAUGCUAAAUGAAUCUGAGGAUGAGCUUAUCUAUGGGAGUGACAGUGAAGAUGGUGUACACACGUCACUGACGGGAAACAACAGACACAUGGCUAACGAGGAGGAGUGAAAGAGGUUCUUCCCUACCAUGAAGCGAUACCAUCCAAAGAUUUGAUUCGUCCCUUUCAACAAGA